AGCUUACUCCAGAACAUCAAGCAAUCAGUUUUCAGACAAACAACAGAAAGUGACGUUCUGCGCAGGAAGCUGAGAGCAGAGCAUAUCAGAUACUGUAUUACCUUUAGUGUCCAACCUAAAGAAACCAUGUCUGACUUUGGUUAUAGAAAAGAACUUGAUAAAUAUGAGGAUAUCGAUGAAGAUGAACUGUUAGCGUCUCUAACUAAUGAAGAAAUCGAGGAACUGGAAAGAGAAUUAGAGGACCUCGACCCUGAUAUUAACAUCCCUGUUGGGCUCAGGCAGAAAGCUCUGACUGAGAAGCCAGCGACAGGUUCAUUUGACAGAAAAGCAUUAAUGGCCUAUUGGGAAAAGGAGACUCAAAGACUUCUGGAAAAUGAGAGAGCAACACCAGACAAGGAUUUGAAAAAAGAUCUUAACGAAGAGGAAGAUAAUGAGGAUAACUUUACAGAAAGUGACAGCGAUGAUUCAGACGCAGACAUAUAUACCGAAGAAGAAAGUACUGAAAGUGAAGCUGCAGCAGUAACCGAAGAGGAAAGUGAUGAUGAUGAUGCUGAAGAAAAUACGUUGGAAGAAAGUGGUAAAAGUGCAGAUGCUGUCUCUGCUACCUGUAAUGGCCAUGAUGCACACAACUGCACUGGUUAUCCCGACAACAGAGAAUUCAAAAAUGACUGCAGAGAAAACAUACAAAGGCCUGCAAAAAGCAGUCAAGACACAGAGGCAUUGCCAAACCUUAAAAUGGCUGCAAACCGACCCUCUGGAAACCCAACUGUUAUUGAGGAUACCAUCGAAAUGGUCAGGGACAAUGACCCUGACUUAACGGAAGUAAACCUAAAUAACAUUGAAAAUGUCACUACAGAGGCACUUGUUCGUUUUGCAGAUGCACUUAAGGAUAAUUCAGUUGUCAAGGCCUUUAGCCUAGCCAACACGCAUGCUGAUGACCAUGUGGCCAUGGCUAUAGCACGUAUGUUAAGUAGCAAUCAAAGUGUAAUGAGCUUAAACAUUGACUCAAAUUUUGUAACAGGAAAAGGAAUCAUUGCUAUCAUAAAAGCUUUGCAGUACAAUACAUCUGUAACAGAGUUCAGAUUUCAUAAUCAGAGGCAUAUACUAGGAGGGCAGGUUGAAAUGGAAAUAGCUGAACUACUAAAGAACAAUAAUACUGUGUUAAAGUUAGGCUAUCAUUUUGAGCUCCCAGGGCCUAGAAUGUCAAUGACUAGAAUUCUCACCCGAAAUCUUGACAGACAAAGACAGAAGCGCCUUCAAGAGCAAAAGCAACAAGACAUGGGAAAAGCAGCAAGUUCUGAUUCAGCAUUUAAUCCAAGGUCUACAAUUUUACAAAAAAGCACUCCUGUGUCUUCACCUUAUUCAACUCCAAAAGGCUCACCAUGGUCUUCUCCAAAACUUCCAAAGAAGGUACAAGCAGAAAAAUAUGUACCACCACCUGUUACCACACCCCCUCCUCCUCCCCCACCUCCACCCCCUCUUCCUCCCCCACCUCCACCUCCACUACCUGCUCCAGAAAAGAAAUCACCAACAAGAAACAUUGCAGAAGCUAUAAAACUUCAGGAGAAACAGAAGCAGAAACUCCAGAACGGACAACAGAAACUCAAGAGCAAAAGAAGAAAGAAGGAGAAAGAAAACCACUUUUUGAAAGAAGUGAAAAAUUCAUUGAAAUCUGUAUCAGAUAUGAAAACUGAAGAAAGGUCUAGGCCUUCCACACCGCAGAGAUGCCUACAUGAUGAUCUUAUGGCUUCCAUUCGAGCGAGUAGCAUAAAGCAGUUAAAGCAAGUAGAAGUUCCAGAGUACCUUCGAUAAAGAAAGAAUUUCAGUCAAAGAAUAACACCUAGAAAAAACAAAGGAUCAAAGCAGAGUGCAUUCUUACAUGUUAUGGAUUGCACUCAGACUUUCUCCAGAUGAGGACUGCUUUAAGUUACAAAUUUCAUUAGAUUUGCACUAUAAAUAUUUAGGCAUUAUAAUAUGUAAAUAUAAUCAUGUAUUUCUUAUUUUCUGUCAAAGUAGGGUUUUGUAAGUUUUUUUCUUGUGAAAUGUAAAAUAUGUAUUUAUUAUUUUUUAAUACUGAAUAUUAUAUUACUCUGCUUAUUCAAAGUAUCAGGUUAGCCACACACAACAGAUUAUUAUUGUUAUUGUUUGCUGCUUCAGUUGUUCUUUUAUGAAAUAGAAAGCUACACUGUCACAGAAGGAAACUCAUUUUCCUGUAAAUGUACCAUGCACAAUGCAAUGUUACGUUUGGAAUGUCAGCUGCUAACUCUUUUUUUUUUUUUUUUUUUUUUUUACAUGACAAAGCAUUUUAAGAAUGGACUGUUCUUGUUAAAUGGGAUGUUAUUGUAGAAGAAACUGUCUGAAAGAUGUUGAGAAGAAAUGUGCUUGCCAUAUUUUCUUGGUACUGUUAGAGGCAUUUUGUAGGAUCAUUAAUUCAGCAAGAUUUAUGCACAGACAUAGCCUUCCCCAACUCCUGUCUCUGUAAAUCAUAACAAAUGAGUGUGGCACCAGUAGAUGGUGUUGCUCUGGCCCCAUAAUCUUUUUUUUUUUUUUUUUUUUUUUUUUGAAACAGCGAUAGCAGUCCUUCUUUGCAAUCUGACGUUGUUGUUUCAAAUGGGUAGCUCUGGGCUGUCUUUUCUAAAUUACAGGGAGUAACACCCUGUCAAAUCUUUGAACUGCCUUGAGAAAAGCAGUUAUCUGGUUGAAGGACAGAUUAUUAUACUAUGUAUGAAACAGUUUAAUAUAAUAUAAAAUAAUAGCAACAACUUAAUAUCUACAACAGAGACACUUUAGUGUGAAGUAAAAAUACAUCUUUUAAAUUAAAGGUAUUUUUUCCUUGCAAAAUAUCACUUCUGCAUAUGUAAAGGUGACAAUCUUAAUGCCUGCCUAUAAGAUUAAUUAUAAAAGCAGCAAAAAUGUCUUUAGUGUCUGUACAGCUUGAGGUGGCUUGUUCUCAAUAAAAUAUAUAUUGCA